AUUGUCUCAAAGUCUACGAAUCUUCACCUUCUGAUCGAACAAAAUCAAAAUUAAAAAGGGUUUUAUGAGACCGCGCGAGGUCACGAUACCUUAUCAACCCCGUUUGACACCCUCCAGGUGUAGAGAACGGCGUCGCUUCGCCCCUGGAUCGGAAAGAUGCUUUAACCCGUAGACCCCUGGAUUUUGACCAAGAAGAAGAGACCCGUAAGGUAGAAACCUCCAAAUGGCUGGAGCAUCACUUCGGUAGCGAUUCGAAAUCGUCCAACAACUCUAUCAUCGACGAUGAUGAGGAAAGCGCACCGCCGAAAACUAGUUUCUUUAAUGUGACCAUCAAAUCGCAACCGAGUGUCGAGGCAGUUCCUCAAAAUGCGUAUAGCGCGAGAGUGUACAGUCCAGUGGAGCCAGAGAGGGAGAGGGAUCAUGCAGUAUUUUACAAAGGCAUCUCCGAGUGGUCGGAACGCCGCCACGACAAUCGUUACUCCUCUGACCGUAUCUCUCCCUCUCCGUCACCUUAUCGUCACCACCCACACUACGCUUCGGAUCACCACCCCCCACCACGUCAAUCUCCAUCGCCCGAUUACCGUUAUUCCCCUCCUUCGCCGCGCCACUCCCCGAAUUAUCGCGGCGUGAGGCAUUCGCCAUCUCCGGACUACAGACGACAUUCCCCCACCCCUGAUUAUGGGCGGAGCAUUUCGCCGCGGAAGGAGGUGAUCGUGCCUACCCCGCCCCAGAGAAAGAAGAGCGAGAAGCAACGGCAGAGGGUGGUGGAAGAGAGGAGCAGGUACGACAGCGGUUACAGAAGCUCCCGGACGGAAGAUUACCGAGACGUGCGCGACCAGAAAAUGGAACGUCUGGAAGAACCACCCCCCGAUUAUUCCCCGCCCAGCCCGCCGCCUAUGCCAGUCGACAAAAAGCACACGCAGAAAACCAGAUUCGCCAUAGAUACAACACCCACAAAGCCGCAUAAAAGCGGAAACAUUAUAGGCCAGUCCAUCCGCAAACUCGUAGGCAAGAUCCGCUCAGCAUCAGCUGAACGCAAAGCUCGGCAACAGCGCGCCAAAAGGUCUCCAAGCCCCUCGUACCAACCAGGACAUGUGAUAGACAGUAACAUCGGCAACAAUGGAAGUACUAAUGGACAUUCAAGCGAACGCCCUGUACAAAGGUACUAUCUAGGUGAGGAUCCCUUCGCCGGCAGUAUUUAUGGCAGGGAGAAUAAGUACGAUGGUGUGGUACGACCCGCAAGAAGUUCAAAACGUCAAACAAACGGGAGUCAUCCUGGAGACGAAAGGAGAUCCCAGAGUACUCUCGGUAGGUUCAGUAAGUCGACGGGUCGCUUGGUGAACAGUUCCGUGGCGGACAACAGGAGUUCGCAGACGUUGCCUAGACAUCUCCACAAGCAGAGCGACUCGCCUUCGAAGUUGGGUACUCGAUCUAACAGCACCAUCAACAUCUCCAUCAUCAAUACGCCGAGGAAGCUAGAAGGACCUGCGAAGCCUGCUCGAACGUACAAGUCGAACUUAUCCAGGAGUCAGAGUUUCAACGUCCAAGCUGGUUUGGAGAGUCAGAGGAACAACAUGUACACGAGCAACCCGCAUCUGAACAAGUUGGAAGACUCGGGGAUCGGGCUGAAGAGUCCUGGACUGAUCUCGAGCCUGAAUAGGAGCCACAAGGAUUUGAACGGCGACGAUAUAUACACUUCCCGUUUCGCGAGAAACGGUACCAGUGACUACGUGGACUCCAAGAGAGGGUUCUUGUCCAGUUUCAGAGAGAAGACUCCCGAGUACUGGAAGCCAAACACCUACAGUACGCCUGUGAGAAAUGGUAAGGGGUAUAGCAAUGGGAACAUUUAUGAGCCACCAACGAGGCUUAGAGACAGCCUGUCGCCCAGCCAGUCCAUUGUAAGAAGAGGCAGCAGCUCCAGUACGGACUUUUCUGAAACUUACCACACCACCACCAGAAAUGAUGAUCCAGUCCGACCCAGCAUCACCGAUACGACCAAGAGCUUUUCUAAGAAAACCAUACCGUCCAAAGAUGGAAAGUCGGUAGAAACCAUCCAGUCUAGCGAGUUGAAAUCGGUCACCAAGAGUCACUUCAGGGGAAGUACCCCGACAAGGAACUACUACGAAGAAAGAAGAUAUAACUCUGGAACCACCAAUCCGGUGAUGAUCGAAGUGAGAAAUUACAGGAAAUAGAAACUUGCGCCAGUUGAUGUGUGUUUUUUUUUGUGUGGAAUUCAAUGUGUUGUCUUCGUAUCCUAGUGCCAUCACAAUAUGGUGAUACAAUUAGUACAGUUUGAUCAACAUCAAACUGUAUUUUAUAUUCACUUCGGCCUGGUGUUUUUCAAUUAUCUUUUGUUCUGCCACAAAUUAUUAACCGAAUCGUUAGAUUUAGUUGUUAUUCUAAACCUCUUUAAUUAUCUUGAGAGCACUGAAAGAAAACCUCAUGGGUUCUGUCAAAAAUUUUCCCUAAAGCGUUCAUUCUAAAGAUGCAUUUGUCAUUUUUAAAAAAAAAAGAAAAUACACUACUACUUUUGAUUUUAAACAAAUAUAAGAACAUCUGUGAGCCAAUACAUCAAUUUUAUUUGAAAGCUUUAUGGGUAAUCUAAAUCUAGUGAGCAAAUUCGUGUGUCGAAAGAUAUACAAAAAUAUGAAGGUUCAAUCUAAGUUUUUUGCACAUGACUGUAACUUUUGUUAGUCCUAGGUGUACAUCACUGUUUGCUAGGAAAGAAUCGAAGAGUUUUUUAUUUUACCCAAAUAAUACCCAUCUGUCACUUAGAGUGUAGAAUGAUGAUCUAUGUGCCUAUAUUUCUUAUAGUACUUCUAAUUUUAACGUUUUAUAUUUAUGUGUUGCUACACAAAAAUCUCUGACUAAAAUUGAUUAUUGUAUAUAUUAGUCCUUUUAAAAAAUGCAAUAACGACUUUGUCAUAUUUUUAAUAUAUUCUGAUAACUC